AUGGCCAUUGAGGACGCCGCAGCCCUGGGGAUUCUUUUCCACCCAAAGUACUUUGGCGGAGACGUCGCCGAGGCUCUCGAGGUCUACAACACCGUCCGCCUGCCCCGUGCCACCCGUGUCCAGGCCGCGGCAGCCAAGGCGGCGUACAACAUCAACGAGCGUAUCGGUUUCUCGAACAACACCAAUACCAGCACCUACAAGGUUGCGGACGAGAAGGCCAAGCUCACAAUCGAGGAGAUGAACGCGGGUUUGCCGAUAGGACUUGAGUUGUCUCCGGGUGUCAUUGUUGGACAGUAG